AUGAAGUUUCUCUCUGUGUGCUUCAGAUCCUUGGCAUCCUUCAGCCUGCUGGUGGAGGUGAUGUCGGGCGCAAGCUCGGGUGCAGGGCUGACGACUGGGUCGCUGGACAUGUCCUGUGAGGGGAGCGCUCUUCUGCAGCUCCGCACGCCAGGACACUGCUCAGCUGAGGGUGAAGAUUGUCGAAACACAGGUUGUUGCGAGGAUCAGGGUUACACGUGCUACGAGAAGAACGCGUACUGGGCGGGGUGUCGUGCAACAGGCACCUGCCGUGCUGGUGAAGUGGAUCCUCACGACCCGCCAGAGUAUCGAACGCCCUGGACCUGCGCGGUGCUGGGCUGUUCAACCGACACGGAAGACUGCCGUUCUACGGAAUGCUGCGUGGAUGAGCAGAAGACCUGCUAUGAGAAGGAUUCGAGCUGGGCUGGCUGUCGCUCCAGUUGCACACCAGGAGCGAUCAAUCCAGAUGACCCGCCUGAAUACCAAACUCCUUGGAGCUGCGAGAUCAUUGGUGGAAGCACAUCAAGUUCCUCCUCAAGCACUUCCUCAAGCACAUCAAGCACAUCCUCAAGCACCUCCUCAAGCACUUCCUCAAGCACAUCUUCAAGCACAUCCUCAAGCACAUCUUCAAGCACUUCCUCAAGCUCCUCAAGUUCGUCCAGUCGACCGACGCCCCACACGACCACGACGACGACCUGGACGGUGGAGACCUGCGUGGAGAGCCGCUGCUCCAUCCCAGGCGAAGAUUGCCGAUCGACAGGCUGUUGUCAGGAUCCCAGCUACACCUGUUACGAAAAGGACGAGCACUGGGCCGCGUGCCGCAGCGCCUGUGUCCCGGGCGAGGUGGAUCCGAACGAUCCGCCGGACUUCAGGACUCCCUGGAGCUGUGAGCUGGUGACGCCCCCCGAUCCGAGCCCCGAGGUGCCGCUGCACUUCCCGGGGCGGGUCUUUGUGACCGGAUCGGCGGGCAGUGGGCGGAAGCGGGUCUAUGAGUUCAUCGACAGCCUCACCAAUCAACCCGUGAAUGGCUCGGAUGCCAGGGCCGUACACUCAAGUGGUGGCGCUGCCGGUGGUGUGGUCAGUGAGGGCCAGGGCUAUGGGGUGCUUCUCACCGGAGCGUUCUUGGCCAUGCUCACACCCGAAGACGAGGACUGGGAGCAGAUGAAGGUGUAUUUCUAUCAGAUGUUUCUGGGCUGGCGACGGAUGUGUGAGUAUUCGAAGGAAGACUCCUGCCAGGAAGACGCGGGCUUCCUUUGCGAUGGAAAUCCCUGCUUACCUCAUUGGAAGUUCGACGACAAUCUGACCACGGUGCUCGGGAAGGGCUCUGCGCCGGACGGCGACGAAGACGCCAUGACUGGGAUGCUCUUGGCGGUCCUGUCACUCACACGGCAGCAGCAGCACGACGUCGAAUGGCUCGCCGAGGUGGGGACUUGGACCUACAACACCUGCAAGCAAUUCUUCCUGAGCGAGACAAUCGCCUCGUCUUCGGGGAAGAACCGCAUUGUGAAGCUGGGCGCUUGCUGGGGAGGUUGGGGAGACGAUGGACAGAACCCCAGCUAUCACUCCCCAGGUGCUUAUCGCCUCUGCCGUGACUUCAUGACACAGGGCAUCGGAAGUAGCGAUGCAGAAGGAGCUUCCUACGUCUCCAAGUGGAACAAGGUGAUCUCCACGAGCUACAAGAUGUUCGACGCCGUGCAGUGUCACAGCAACGGCCUCAUCACCAACUGGGCGCGCGUGUGGGAGAGCGCCGACGGCGUCGGGCCCUUUCGCGCCGACGCCAACUUCACCGGCAGCGGCACGCCGGGCGCGCAGUAUGGCUCGGAGGCGAGCCGAACGACUUGGCGUGUGGCGCUGGACUACCUGCUGUAUCCCAAGGAGGCCAUGCACAAUGCUACCCAGUACUUGGAUCCACUGGUCGUCAUGUUGGAGAGCAAGGAAUCCCAUUGCGACUGGGCCAGCGAGCUCCGGAUCGACGACGCCUGCCUCGUGACCAGCGUGCACCCGGAUUGGUCCUGGAACAUGUUCAUUGCGGGGCCCACCUUCUCCUCCUUGGUCGUUCCGGCGCAGAAUGAUGGGGUGAGCAUCAAGCGGCAGCAGGAGCUGAUCAAUGCGGGUGGCGCACGGGUGGCCAAAGGUGGCUUCUCUUCGGGCUACUACUCCGGUAGCUGGGUGGCGAUCAGCACCUUUACCUUGAACGGCGACUUCCUCAGGUCUGCCUCAAUGGCUGGUCUGUAUGGCGAUCCGCCUGCACCAUCGCCGCCACCAACACCAGCGCCCACACCGACGCCAAGUCGGUGUUCCACGCCCACCGAAGACUGCAGAUCCACGCGUUGCUGCCAGGAUCCGGGCUACACGUGCUACGAGAAGGAUCAGUAUUGGGCCGGCUGCAGGGAGAGCUGCACUCCCGGCAUCCAUCCGAACGAGCCGCCAGAACACCAGACGCCCUGGAGCUGUGAGGUUCUGCGCUGCAGCAGCUCCACAGAAGACUGCCGCUCUACAGGUUGCUGUGAAGAUGCAGCCUAUACCUGUUACGAGAAGGACUCCACAUGGGCUGGUUGCCGCUCGAGCUGUGCGCCUGGAGAGGUGAACCCUUUGGAUCCGCCAGAGCAUCGGACGCCCUGGAGCUGUCAUGUGGUGGACGUGCUGUGA